AUGGUCAGCAUUCCCAGAGUGCUGCCACCUGAAACUAUUAUCAGAGGCAGAUCCCAGUACCGGUUACCUCAGCCUUCAGUAGGUUCUGUCUUGCAACUCUCUGGGAAGAAUCUGGGUACUCCUGGAAGCACCCAGCAUGGCAGUGUGAGAAAUGAGAUGUCUAGAAAUCUUCUGAGGACACCGACUGGUGGAAAUGAAACCAGCUCAUUGGUGAACCAGCUAGCUCUGAGAACAGUUUUAUUUCAGUCAGUGAGAGAGUUUUAUCUUGACUUAGUUCCAGGUAUUAUUGUCUUCAUGCAGACAGGAGCUGGUUUACUGGGAAACUUCUUACUUCUUUGCUAUGGUACCUUCACAUUCAUAACUGCCAGCAGGAUGAGGCCCAUAGACUCCAUUCUUUUCCACUUGGCCUUGUCCAACUUCAUAGGAAUUAUUUCCAAGGGAAUCCCUCAGACAAUGGUUGGUUUGGGAUUUAAAAAUUUCCUAGAUCGUGUCAGCUGUAGAUUUAUGGUUUUCCUCCAUCGAGUGGCCCACAGUUUUUCUGUCACUAAUACUUGCCUUCUGAGUGGUUUUCAAAUUAUUACCAUCAGUCCCUUUACCUGUUCCAUGUGGUCAAAACUCAAAACCUAUGCCUCUAUUUACAUUUCUCCAUUUUGUAUUUUCUGUUGGAUUGUCCACAUGAUGAUACACAUUUAUAUGUUUGUGAAUAUGCAAUACAUUAUAAAAAGAAAUAACAACACAAGGAUAUGGAAUCUAGGAUUCUGUUCAGAUUCUGCUUCAGUCUCAUUCAACAACUCAUUAUUUAUUAUUGCGUAUUCUAUUCCUGAUUUCCUGUGUGUGGGAUUUAUGAUCACGACCAGUAGCUACUUGGUGUUUUUUCUGCAAAGACAUCAUCAGCAAGUCCAACAUAUUCACAGCUCCAGCCAAUUGUCAGAAAGGUCUCCUGAGAUUAGAGCUACCUACACCAUCUUGGUGCUGGUGAGCACUUAUGUUUUUUUCUACUUAGUCAGUUCCUUAUUUGCAUUUUAUUUGUUUCAUUGUGAUAAAUGUUACCAGUGGUUGACGGUCACCACAGCUUUCUUAGAUGCCUGUUAUCCAACUAUCAGCCCAUUUGUGCUUAUCAGAUCUGAUUCCCAAAUUCUCCAUUUCUUUUACUUACUCUGGCAAAAUAAAAGAUUCCAAAACUCUUUCCCCUAG